AUGACUAAUAGUAAAGGAAGAUCUAUUAUUAAUAAAUCAAGUGGUGGUCGAAGCAGUGGAGGAGGUUUUGUGGACUGGACUUUAAGUUUAAAUACAAUUCAGUCUGAUAAGUUUUUAAACUUACUGCUGAGUAUGGUUCCAGUAAUAUACCAGAAAAACCAGGAAGACAGGCACAAAAAAGGAAAUAGCAUUUGGCAAGAUGGGUUAUCACCUGCAGCGCAGACUUUCAGUAAUAGAUCCGAACAGCACAUGGAAUAUCACAGUUUCUCGGAGCAGUCUUUUCAUGGCAACAGUGGGCACACGCCGUCAAGCUGUAGCCAGAAGUAUGAUGACUAUGCCAACUACAAUUACUGUGAUGGAAGGGAGGCUUCAGAAACUACAGCCAUGCUACAAGCUGAUGAUGGAUCUAGUGACGGUGAUGAAGAUGUCAUUGUGGAGACAAGCCAGAAGUUACCCAAGGAAUCCAGUGGUGUCAUGGCACUGCAGAUCCUUGUGCCAUUUCUGUUAGCUGGCUUCGGGACAGUCUCGGCUGGCAUGGUUUUAGAUAUAGUGCAGCACUGGGAGGUGUUCAAAAAAGUAACAGAAGUUUUCAUUUUAGUUCCUGCACUUCUUGGUCUCAAAGGGAACUUGGAAAUGACAUUGGCAUCCAGAUUAUCCACUGCAGUAAACAUUGGGAAGAUGGAUUCACCCAUUGAAAAGUGGAACCUAAUAAUUGGCAACUUGGCUUUAAAACAGGUUCAAGCAACAGUAGUUGGCUUCCUAGCAGCUGUGGCAGCAAUUAUAUUGGGCUGGAUUCCAGAGGGAAAAUACUAUCUUGAUCAUUCCAUACUUUUGUGCUCUAGCAGCGUAGCAACUGCCUUCAUUGCAUCACUCCUGCAGGGAAUAAUAAUGGUUGGGGUUAUCGUUGGUUCAAAGAAGACUGGUAUAAACCCUGAUAAUGUUGCUACACCCAUUGCUGCUAGUUUUGGCGAUCUUAUAACUCUUGCCAUAUUAGCUUGGAUAAGUCAGGGUUUGUACUCCUGUCUUGAGACAUAUUACUACAUUCCUCCGUUAGUUGGUGUCGUUUUCUUGGCUCUAACUCCUAUUUGGAUUAUAAUAGCUGCCAAACAUCCAGCCACAAGGACGGUUCUCCACUCAGGCUGGGAGCCUGUCAUAACUGCUAUGGUUAUAAGUAGCAUUGGGGGCCUUAUUCUGGACACAACUGUAUCUGAUCCAAACUUGGUUGGGAUUGUUGUUUACACACCAGUUAUUAAUGGUAUUGGUGGUAAUUUGGUGGCCAUUCAGGCCAGUAGGAUUUCUACCUACCUUCAUUUACACAGCAUUCCAGGAGAAUUGCCUGAUGAACCCAAAGGUUGUUACUACCCUUUUAGAACUUUUUUUGGUCCAGGAGUAAAUAAUAAGUCUGCUCAAGUUCUACUGCUUUUAGUGAUACCUGGGCAUUUAAUUUUCCUCUACACUAUUCAUUUGAUGAAAAGUGGUCACACUUCUUUAACUGUGAUCUUUGUAGUAGUAUACUUAUUUGCUGCUGUAUUACAGGUGUUUACCUUACUGUGGAUCGCUGAUUGGAUGGUGCAUCAUUUCUGGAGGAAAGGAAAGGACCCAGAUAGCUUCUCCAUCCCCUAUCUGACGGCGCUGGGUGAUCUGCUUGGGACAGCCUUGUUGGCCUUAAGUUUUCAUUUUCUAUGGCUUAUUGGAGAUCGAGAUGGAGAUGUUGGAGACUAA